AUGGAGGGAUUGAGCGCAUCCCAGAGGUGGUGGAGGCAGUGGUGGCGGGCCCUGGCCUCUCUCUCUCGAGCUGCCGAGGGAAGUCACCGGGUGCAUUACCCGCAGCGGCGAUACACACGCCUGCAGAACAUCACACACCUCAUCCAGGCCGAGGACGAGGAGAGCAUCAGCACGCUGCGCAUCCAGCCAGAGGAGGUGGAUAUUCUAGGACUGGAUGGUCACAUCUAUAAGGGUCGUUUGAACACGCUGAGCUCACGCCCCAUCAAGAGCCUCGAACAGAGACUCCCCGUCAUCAACCCAAAAGAAGGUAAAGGCACUAUGAAACACAAGUUGACGGUGUCUCCUAAGAAUGCUGGAGAUCUGGGCCGAGUGACGCCCAUUAGACCUCAGAGUGCCAAAACUCAACGCUGCCGCUCAGCCUCCAGCACCACUACGAAGGACCGCCCCCUCUCCUCCAUUGGCUGCGGGUCACGAGACACGGACCAACCACAGCGCCCCCUGCAGCUGACCGUGAUCUCACCCAAUCAGAGGACGAGCCGGUGACAUCACUGUAGAGGCCCGGCCAAUCGGAUUGCGGGAUUUUCUUAUUAUGAUAAUUAUAAUAAAGAUGUUUACAGCAGUA